AUGUCGGCUUUGGAAACAACCACACCAGCCAUGUACUCCAAGUCAUUGGCCAUGAUCGAUGAUUUAAUUUAUAAAUUACAAAACAACCAAUUCAUAGCUUCAAGCUCUAAACCAUCAUCACAAUCAACAACAAAUUCACAAGGUGCAUCAAAACAAAAAGGAAAUAACACUGCCUCUUCAUCAUCAGCAAAACCAAAGGCACAAAAGAAGGAUACCACCAACAAGCCUUCGAUUCCUUCUUCUCCUUUCCACCAAACCUAUAUUGUUGUUGCAAGAAUUGAAGCUGUUGAAAAGCAUCCAGAAUCCGAAAAGCUUUACAAGAUGACUCUUUCUGUGGGGCAAGGACAACACAAGAAUCUUGUGGCUGGAUUGAGAAAAUUCUAUUCCGAGGAUCAGCUUUUACAUCGAAAAGUAUUGGCAAUACUUAAUUUGAAACCAAAAAAGCUUGCUGGAGUGUUGAGCGAGGCAAUGGUGUUGGCAGGUUCUACUGGCUCUGGUGAUAAUGAAACGGUGAAAGUGUUGGAACCUGCUGACGAGGCUCAAGUUGGUGAUCGAGUCAUCCUGGAAAAAGAUUUUGAUUCUGAACAACAACAAUGGAAAAGCGCCUAUGUGAGCUCUCCAGAAGACCGCUGCUCGCCCAAUCAAUGGGAAAAGAUGGUUAAGGAGCUUUCUGUACUGAAUGGUCAACCAAGUUAUGCCAAACAAAUUUUAUGCGUCGCGGGUCAGCAACAAACAAUCAAAGUGAAAUGCGAAUUACCUGAUGGAAGUGAAAUUCAUUAG